AAAGUGGCAAUACCAGAUACUAUGUGCCAAGUUUUAAUUUCAUCACCAUUUAGUGCUUACAUUUUUGUUAGUGAAAUAUUAAAAGAAUAAAAAUUAUUAACAAAAUAUCUUUAUGAAUAUGUGAAGAAUGCAGUGCAUUUAGUGUUUUUGUUGUGUAAUACGAUAAUUCGGUGUGUUCCCGAAUGAGUAACUAGUGAUGCAAAAUACUACUUUUACGGAAUUGUUUUUGUUAAUAACUUAUGAAUGGUUCAAACCAAACCCACUCCGUUUUCGGAAUAUUAAUCAUAUCGACUAUUUUUGAUAUAUUUUGGGUUGCGUACCGCAAGCUAGAUAAUUACCCAAAAAAGAAAUGAAAAAGUGUGUAUUGUGCUCAAAGAAAGUGGAGCGGGGUAAAGGACCCUUUUUUGGCGUUCCUAGAGAGGAAUCAGUACGGCAGAUGUGGAGCAAAGCCUGUCGGAUGCAGCUUGAAUCUAAAGAUCUGAUUUGUGUGGAUCAUUUUUCCCGAGCGGAUAUUGCUUUUGCGGGUAAAAUAUACAGAUUGUUACCAAAAGCCAUUCCGAACUGUCCAUUGCUUUGCACAACUAGAACCAACUGUAAGCAAACGGUCCCAGUGGAAGACGAUAUAGAAAUAUCUAAGUUGCAAGACAGUGAAAUGUGCACAACUGAUCCAUCAAUCAAGAAAUGGCAGCGUUGGUGUCGUCUCUGCGCGAAACAUGAUGGUUAUUACUUUGAUAUGUUCCUGGAGCAGUCAUUGAGUUCGGAUAUAAAUCUUCGUUCCAUUAUAGAAGACUUCUUUCAUAUUAAAAUUGGACCGAGAGAUGGGCUGCCCACUUUAUUGUGUACCGAAUGUUGUUCUGCAAUUGCAUCUUUGGAAAAAUACGCACAGCACAUAAAGAAAGUUCAAAAAAUGUACAAAGAUUUAAAAAAUACAGCGAAGUUUGCCGAUAUAAACCUCAAAGAUUUAUAUCAAAAAUACGGUUUAUUCGAGUGCGAGUCAAAUCUGCCCCAAUCAACAACGUCUGCAAUUGAACAAAUAUUUGUUUCUGAUGUCCCAAAUUCAGAUGUUAAAGCUGAAGAAAUUGAAAUCGAUGUGGAUUUCCCCGAUCCUUUCGCAAAUGACAACGAGAAUAUGGAGGAAUGCAGUCAGAUGAGUGUAGAAAGUGAAACGAGUAACAGUAAAACUGACUCUGAGUUUGGCUCUGACGAAUUUGCACAACAAAUAGAAGAAUAUAUUGAAGAGGUCGGCGAAGGCAAGGAUGAAGGCAGUUAUUCCUGCAGUAUCUGCCAGCUGAGUUUCAUGCAAAGUAGAAAGUAUAUGUAUCACAUGAAAAGUAGGCACGGCCCAAAAGCUCCCAUCUGGAAUUGCUCGUACUGUAGUAGUUCUUUCACAUAUAAAAGGGAGCUGGAACGUCAUACAAAACAAAUUCACGAACCGAGUGUUUAUCCGUGUCCACAUUGUGAACGAAAAUUUACCAGAGCCAAAUUCGUCGAAAAUCACAUCAAUGAAGCACAUUCAUUAAUUUGUGAAGAAUGUGGUGAAUGCGUGCCUUCUCAACAGAAACUUGCCGAGCAUAUGGCCAUACACACGGGCCGAUUACCCUAUGAAUGCGAAGUGUGUGGCAGGCAAUAUCCGCGAAAAGUAUACUUAAAGAGGCACAUGGAAGUUCAUGGAGAUAAACAUAUUUGUGCAGAAUGUUCUUUAGAGUUCAAAACCUCCCAAGCCCUUAGACGUCACAGUAAAGUGCAUUCCGAUAAAAAGCCACACGUAUGCAACUAUUGCGGGGACCAAUUUAAGCGGUCCAAAAAUCUGAAGAAUCAUCUAAUUACACAUACUGGCCUCAAACCAUAUUCGUGUGACUUUUGUGAAAGCACAUUUUCAAGUGGAUCAAGUUGUCGUUUUCACAAAAGGCGUUACCAUCCAAAGGAACUGGCUGAACAAGAAAAGGCGGGCGUAAAGCCGUAUACGAAAAAUGUACCUACGUUGAAUGUGCUAAGAGCAAUGAUUCAAGCUGCUGGAAAAGUUCAGAAAGACGAUGCAAGUAUAGGCAAUAAGAGAAAAAGGCUUCCAAAACUAGAUGCUGAGUUAGUUGUCUAAAUAUCGUAGAAACUUUAAAUUUCAUUAUAAGAAUAUAUAUCGCAUAAAAAAGUUCAUAAUCUACUAGAUUCUUCUUCUUCUUAAUUGGCGUGAUAACCGCUUACGCGAUUUUGGUCGAAUUUAACAAAGCGCACCAGUCGUUUCUUUCUCGUGCUAACCGGCGCCAGUUGGACACACCAAGUGAAGUCAAAUCCUGCUCCACCUGAUCUUUCCAACGCAAAGGAGGCCUUCCUCUGCCACCACCAGCUGGUUCCGCAUCGAAUACUUACCGGGUGUUUCGUUGUGCAGGCUCAAUUUUCCGACUGUGGGAACAAAAAUUCCCUCCUUGCCCACCCUGGCGUUGAAGUCACCAAGCACAAUUUUUAUGUCGUGGCGGGGGCAACGCUCAUAGAAGGAAACUUUGGUCGCAUCGUCCUUCUCUUCCGUCGGGGCGUGGGCGCAAAUUAGCGAGAUGUUAAAAAAACGGACUUUGAUGCGGAUUAUUGCGAGACGCUCGUCCACCGGAGUGAAAAACAGUACUUGGCGACGAAGUCUCUCUCCCACAACUCCGACGCCGAAUUUGCGCUCCUUUACAUGGCAGCUGUAGUAGACGUCGCAAGGUCCUAUGUUUUUCUUGCCUUGCACCGUCCAUCGCAUUUCUUGAAUUGCAGUAAUGUCAGCCUUUACUCUCGCGAGGACAUCAACCAGCCGGGCAGAGCACAUUCCCCAAAUCGUACGGCCAAGGACUGUCAUUCCAGUUGCAUUCCCCUAUGUGAGUAUAGGGAAUGUUUAUGCUGUUACAACAACAACAGCACCUUCCCAUUAGGGGACCGGACAUUCCAGGUGCAUGCCCUCAAGCCGUCAUCAGUAAAGGAAGUUCUCAUCCGAGGCUUUGUAUAUAUUUUCAUUGGGGAGGAUUUUUAAGUGGCGGGUCCCAGACCCGGCGCACAACCAGCUAUCCUGGAAUGCUUCGCCUUCUCACGUUAGCUAACUCCCGAACGGGUGUUCGAAAACUACCCAGAGGAUACGUGGGCUAAUCCCGGACGUUGUGAGCUGCUUGUUUGUGUCAAUUGAUAACGUGACAUUGGUGGGUUCACCCUACAAUCAAGAUUUUUCUCGUUGGACACCGCAUAAUUUGACAAUUGGCCAAAAAAGGACUGUUGCCGAUUGGUGUAAAGUAAUUUUGAAGAAAUCAGUCGCGGUGAUGCAAAGCACGUCGAAGACAUUGUAACAAGUGAGGAAUCUUGGACCUAUACAUAUAAGCCGGAAACAAAACACCAACCUACAGUAUUGGUGUUCCAAGACGAGCUUAAUCCAACAAAAGUUAUUCGCGAAAGAAGUACCUUAAGGCAAAUGGGCACCUGUUUUUUGGAAAAUAUGGUCAUAUCCUAACUUUACCUCUAGUUAAACUUAAGACAGUCAAUUUUGAGUGGCACACAGUCAAUUGUUUGCCAGAAGGUUUCGGAGAAUUAAGGAAAACCAAAUGACGAAGACGAAUCAUACUUCACCAAGACAUUGCGAGUUCUCACGUAUCGUCAAAAACAGCAGAGUUUUUUUAUUACUUGAAAUUAAACGAUUUAAAAUUAUUUCUUACUUACUUAUUAAGAGUUCAAGUAUUCAAAUAAUAUUUAGAUAAAAAUAUUCGAAUAUCAUAAAUCGGUUAAUAACAGUACGAACGAAUACUGUCCAAAUAUUCGGUUAACCGAAUAACCGAUUAUUCCAUAUACAUCAAAAUAUUAUUUUGAAAAUAUUCAUUGUUAUAAUACGUUUACAUAUAAGUAGAUGAUCUAUUUCGCGCUUAACUCAAAAUCCGUAUUUAAAAAACGCGCUUUCCCAUACAAAAUUAGUCCCCCAAAAUCUGAGAUUAUAAAAUAGUCCUAGAUAAUAACGAUACUUUUUGACAUACAACCCUGUGUUUUGUGUUAUCGAUAAUUAUUAUUAUCAAAAUAAAAACUAAAUAAAACGGAUGCCGGCAAAGAAAGCAAGUCUGUAAACAUAAUUCUAAUAAAAUUUUUGUUAAAUAAUUUUUAAAUAUGAAUUAAUUUUACAAAAGCGUGUGUCCAUAAACGUUUUGUCGUCUUAUUAUUUAUUAUAAAGUGUAAUAUCGAAUUUCGAAUGCGUAUUGCUGCCAUAAUUUUUUGAAAUCUCAGUAAACAUCGUUUACGGGUUUCCUCCAACUAUUUAUUACUAGCAGUCAGUUGAGAAAUUAAAUUAGGUAUUCCUUCUCCUUGUCUUCUUCAUAUCGUGAAUAAUACUAAUAAUAAACUAAAAUAUUCCACCAAAGUAAUUUCUAUGAAGAGAAAUCUUUCAAAUCAGUCUUGACAGUUGAUUGUAGACGUGUAGAUUAGAUUUGUGGAUCUAUUGCUAAUAAAUGCAUAUGUGAAUGUACUUUUAAAUUAUGACAGCCCGAAUUAUUAACAAUAU